AAUAGUUACAGAUUUAGUCGCCUGCCUGAAACCACACAACGUAAUGAGCUCUGUUAUCAAUUCUUGGUCCAUUCAUGUUUAUUUGAGCUCUAAUUUGGCUUUGAUUGGCUCCUAAAAGCCCGAGAACAGUUGAUGUUCGUGCUCUAAACGCUGUUAACAAGUCCCUCGCUGUCCGGCGACAUGUCCGGCGUGGCUGGCGCUGGAGCGGCUGCCUCUAGCUGCGGUCCUGCUAUAUUUGCCUCAGGCGGCUCAGGCAUCGCGGCCAGGCUUCCCAGCCGAGUUCUAGAGCACAUCUUCUCCUAUCUGGACCUGUCGGACCUCAUCAGGUGCUCUCUGGUUUGCUGGCACUGGAACAACUGCCUCGCCGACGAAAACAGCGAGGUGUGGCGGAGCCUGUGUGCCCGGUUGCUUAGCGAAGAGGCUCUGCGCUCAGACAUCCUCUGUAACCUGCCAACUUACAAAGGAAAGCUGAAGUCUUUCCAGCAUGCUCUGAGCUCACAUGACUGCUCUAGGAACGUGUAUGUGAAGAAAAAUGGUUUUACCCUCCACCGCAACCCUGUCGCCCAAAGUACAGAUGGUGCUCGUGGUAAGAUUGGCUUCACGGAGGGGAGGCAUGCCUGGGAGAUCUGGUGGGAGGGGCCACUUGGCACUGUGGCAGUGAUUGGCAUUGCCACCAAGAGGGCCCCCAUGCAGUGCCAAGGCUAUGUAGCCCUGCUGGGCAGCGAUGACCAGAGCUGGGGUUGGAAUCUGGUGGAUAAUAACCUGCUCCACAACGGCGAGGUCAAUGGCAACUUCCCACAGUGCAACAAUGCGCCCAAAUACCAGAUAGGGGAGAGAAUACGUGUGAUUCUUGAUAUGGAUGACAAGACGCUGGCUUUUGAGCGAGGGUUCGAGUUUCUAGGCGUGGCAUUCCGGGGGCUUCCCAAGACCUGCCUUUUUCCAGCAGUUUCAGCUGUGUAUGGUAAUACUGAAGUUACUAUGGUCUACCUGGGAAAACCUUUGGAUGGCUAAAGAACACUUCGGUGCCACAUAAACAUCACAAGUGCCAAGCAGACAAUUUGUAGGGCACAAAAAUAUAUCUGAGCAGUGGGUGAAAGUCAAACCUUCUGAGAAGAAAUCUGCGUUUUGCAAAGGGCACAAUGAAUGAGGCUCUCCACAGCACGCAUCCAUGGAUUCUGCAGGUCUUUGGAUACAUCUCCUGAUAACUAAAGACAGUUUUUAAAACCUAAUUUAUGAAAAGACACUGGGUUCUCAUAAUCAUCAUUAAUCAACAAGAUUAGAUGACAGGUACCCCUAAUCUUAACUCUAACUGUAAUCCAUAGUCACAGAAUGCAUUUGUAACACAUUGGUGUUACAACACAGUGGUGAUGGCCUACUCUGUUGAUACAAUGAGGGAAUGGCUUUGGAAUUUCACUCUGCGCCACAAAUCCAUGUGGGCAAAUGACAUGCCAAAAUAACGUUAUUAUGACCACUAUACAGUUUGAUCAUUUGGAACCUAAAAGCAAGGCUACUUCACUAGAGGUAUUAGUAUUUUGCAUGCAGUAUAGUCAAAGCUGUCUUUCACCAUUGGUGUUUGUACAGGAAAUCCAAAAGAAACCUAUUGUAAUAAUGUUACUGUACUGCUCUUGUGAUGUACUAGUGUAUGAUAUUUAUUUAUUAGAUUUUAUCCUUCGUAUGAUUGAGGUCAUGGAACCUGUAAAUAAACUAUAUGGUGCCAGUCUGUAAAAGUG